CAAAAUGUCAAAUCCAGGCAAUAUUUCUUUACAAACCGGCUUAUUCUGUUUGAAUUGUUAAUAAAACGCAUCAACAAUGAAGGGUGUUGUGAAAUCUGAAGAAUACUUUUAUGGUGCCACAUUGGACAAGAAGGGUGCAUCAAUCACAUGGGACUCAAAAGCCGAAAGCGAAGAAUCCUUGAAUGCUGAUCGCUUGCAUUUGCGCCAAAUUUUGCUCGGUCACACAGCCAAAGAAAAUGAAUACAACGUCGUUGAGGUGGAAACCCUUUCGGCCAAUGAAACUGUGAAAAUUCCAAUUGCUGUGUUAAAAGUGGGUGAAUCACGUGUCGUACAACCCGAAUUGGAGUUCCCAUACGGACCCGUUACAUUCACAUUGGUCGAAGGCAGUGGCCCAGUUUACAUUCACGGACAACAAGUACCAAAUGGCUACGAAGACCAAGUCAUCGAAGGUGGCGAAGAUUACGACAGCGACGAAGAAGGCUUGGAAGAAAACGACUUCGAAGAAGAUGCUGAGGAAUUACCACCAUCGAAGAAACCAAAGUUGGCAACCAACAAAUCAAACAAGAAAAAAUAAGCCAAUUGAUUGAAAAUACAGUUUUUUAAACAGAGAAAUACAAACACAAAAAAUAUACUAUAACAAA